AUGGCGGCCGUGACGUCGUCCAUGGCACAAAUCCGUGUGGCUCGUCGUUUUAACAAGCAGCAUGAAACCAAGGCCGUUGUAGAUCAGCUACGUAACAAAUUCAAUGCUAUGAAGGCGUGGUUCGGCCAGAUCCGCGCCGACGAGGCUACUACGGGAAACUUGGAAAACGCGCGCCAACAAUAUGUCCAGCCGCGUAUGCACUGCCGCCACCACUUAUGCCUCUCCCCAAUGUUCAAUGUCGCCUACAAUACGCCAUUCCCUCUCGCGAUGGACGUUGCAGCGACCGGAGCGCCGCGUUUGCAGCGCGCGCUCACCAAGGUGCGUGCUGAGAGCGGUAUGGAUGACAUUGCAGAGAUGAUAGCUGGCGAGAACGAGGUGUUCAGCUUAGGGGACGACGCGAGUGGCGAGAACGAGGUGUUCAGCUUAGGGGACGACGCGAGUGACGAGAACCAGAGCGAGCAAAUAGCUGCGAGAUGUGCGAGCUCAGGAAACGAGAAGAACCCCAUCCGACUGCUGGACGUGGCGUCCCUGUCUGUAGAAGGCUCUCAAGGCCACGCCAAUGAGGACCGAUGUGUGGUUGCAAGCAAUGAGCGGUUCCACUUGUUUGCAGUCGUGGACGGCCAUGGCGGCUCGUGGGCCGGCGAUUACCUGGUCGAGGAGCUGUUCAAGACACUGGACGAAGUGUACGACGACGGUUUUGACCAUGCUAAGCUCGCCGAAGCGAUGGAGGAGCUGGACCGCAAGUUUUGCGCUAUGGCCAUGAGGAAAACGGACAUGAGUGGCGCGUGUCUGCUGGCCGUAUUGCUGUAUAUUGACCCGAACACCGACACCGCGCAGAAGAUCGUGCUCAAUAUCGGCGACUGUCGCGCUAUCAUUCAGGAAUCACCGGAGCCUUCAAAGAAAGCGAAGGGGAAAGCGCCAUCGUCUACGGGUAAGACGUUGGCACUGUCAGACGAUCAUUGCGCAGCCAAUGUGAAGGAGAGAAUGCGAGCGCUAAACAGUGGAGCUUACAUCCAGAACAAGCGUAUUGCAGGCGUAUUGGAACCCUUUCGGACCAUCGGUGAUAUCGACUUGAAGGGCCCCAAUAUGAAGAACUGGGUCAUCGCUACGCCUGAGAUCCGACAAAGUGAGCUGCUCAUUGGUCGCAGCAUUUUGGUCAUAGCUACAGACGGCGUCUGGACAGUGCUCAAUAACAACCGCACUAUGGCACACGCAGUCAAGGAGCUUGGCGCUAGACAGUCCGCUGAAUCCGCUGCCCACGCCAUCGUCAAGGAGGCUCGGGAGUUCGGUAGCUGCGACGACGUCACGGUUAUUGUCGUCUCGGUGUAA